AUAUUUCGUUUUGUGUUCGUUGAAAAUGGGAAGAACUCGUCGUAAAAGGGGAAAAAAGGCUGUAGACGAGAAUAAAGAAAACGGAAAUGGCGUAAAGAAGAGAGUAGUGGUACACAAAUGUCCUAGUUGUAUGAGAACUUCGCAGAGCGUAUGUAAUAUCAUUAAUCAUCUAAAACAUCACGAAAUUAAAGACAAAUAUUCAACUGACGAUCAAGUGCUAUUACCAUAUAUUCUAUUAACUGCCGGCUACGAAUUAAAGGGAAAAUUAAAUAUUGGAACAUUGUCGAAAGUUCUCGAAGUUGCUCAUAAUGGAAAAAAUUACGUUGUUAAAAGUUUAAAGAGGGGAAAUCCUUUUGAAUUUGAGAUAUUAAAUUCUUGUUUUACUAAUUAUACAAUACAAAUUUUAGAUGUGUUGCUUGAAGGAGAUGAUAUGUACGCUCUAUUCGAUUCUUGCGACUUUAACUUGAGAUUGAUGCUAAAUAAUUGGAAGUUAAAGGUACCAUUUCGAAAAUAUAUUAUCAACGAGAUUUUUAUGGCUAUAAAGUUUUUGCACGAUAAGGAAAUCGUUCACGGAGAUAUUACAAUCGAUCAUAUUCUAAUUAAAGAUGGACACGUUAAACUUACCGGAUUCAAGCAUUCGUUUUAUAAAACAUCGUCGAAUUUUGAUAUUGGUACUGAUGGAUAUAAAGCGCCGGAAAUAUUAAGGAAAAAACGAAAACAUCUCGAUAAAAAGAUUGAUUUAUGGAGUAUUGGAGUUUGCGUUUUUAAUUGCACCAAUCUUCGUCAUCCUUUCUACGAUGUAGAUCCAUUUGUUAAAUUUAACGAAGAAGAAAAACAAUUGAUUAGAAAUCUCAAGAUAUCCGAAGAAUUUGGGGACGAUCUUGCUAAACAAUUUAAAUCUUUAAUGCAAAUUUCUCCUUCGAAAAGGGCAAUUACUUAUAUUGUUUAAUUGAUAUACAAACAAACAAACCAGGAAAAAAUAAUGUAUUGCUGAUUUUAAUAAAUUUUUUUUUCUGAAAAACAAACAAACAAACAAACAAGGUUAAGGUGCAUUUUUACAAGACAAACACUCGUCAUUUUAGCAUCUAUCUCUUAAUAAUUUUUGUCUUUACAACACUAAAAACUCCCUUGUAUUCUUUCAUUCAAUUUUCAUUCGCAUAAGGUAAAAAUAAGGUCAAGGUCAAGACUUUUUAUGCGGAUAUGAUCAGCUCUUCAUCUUCGUUAUCCAAUCGAUCGUGGAGUGGUCAAUCCUUAGGUCAAUAUAUGUACGAUAACGUUCCACACACUAUGCGCCAUUUCUUUAAGCUCCCUAACCAAGCGUUUGGCCAGACCUUCCAAAUAAAGGAACACUCGUAUUAUCACUGUCAAUUUUCCACAAUCUCAUAGAUCCAUCAUCCUUGUUCAUUCAAACAUUCAUACCAAACGUAUCAUUUGAAGGUGAAGGUCAACAAAUUAUACAUAGUAUUGAAGGUAAACAUCAAGAAAAAUUAUAAACAUUUAAAAAUUAUUUUAGUGUGGCUCCCUGUUCCCUUUCGAAUAAAACUGUGCAUAAUCUAACCGUAAAUGUAUAUUAGUGUGGUUCUUGUCUGCACUAAGGCCGCCUCAAAAAACACAUUUU